UCCGCCCGCCGGGGCCGUGCCGAGUCCAGCCGGGUCGGCGAGAGCCGAGGACAAAGGCUGGGGUGACAAACCCGCAGGCGUGUUGGUGCCAGAGCGGGGACACUGCCUCCCCCCGGGGCCCCCUCACACCCCCCGAUCCCGGAUCCAGCGCUUCCACAGCUACCCGUGUGUCGCCGGUGGUGGAGUGUGCUGGAGACCAGAGCUGGAGGCAGAGUCCAGCACCCUCUGUCCCUGCAGGGCGAGGAGCCAUGAAGCUGAACGAGCGGAGCCUGGCGUUUUAUGCCACCUGCGACUCCCCGGCUGACAACACCGGCUUCCUCUACAAGCGUGGCGAGCGGCACACAGCCUACCACCGCCGCUGGUUCGUGCUGAAGGGCAACAUGCUCUUCUACUUCGAGGAGCGGGAGAGCCGGGAGCCGGUGGGUGUCAUCGUGCUGGAAGGUUGCACUGUGGAGCUCUGCGAAUCGGCCGAGGAUUUUGCCUUCGCCAUCCGUUUCGGCGGUGCCAAAUCCCGCACCUACGUGCUGGCAGCCGAGAGCCAGGCGGCCAUGGAGUCCUGGGUGAAGUCGUUGUCACGGGCCAGCUUCGACUACCUGCGCGUGGUGGUGCGGGAGCUGGAGAAGCAGCUGGAGGAGGUGCGCUGUGGAGUGGCUGGUGGAUGCAGGGGCUGCCGGGGGUCACCUGGCUCCUGGAAGCCAAGGCCUUCGGGGCCAGAGCGGUGCCCAGAGCCUCUGCUGGCUCUGCCUGCCAUCCAGCCAAAGGAGAAUGGCUGCGCAGUGUGGAACAAUGUGCUGGGAACCAACCAGCCGUCUGACUCCUCUGGCUGUGGUGGGCAUGAUGGUGAGGGGAACCCACGGCCACCGCCGCUGCCCCCGCGCCGGCGGGCAUCGAGCAGCGAGGCAGGUGGUGCCGGGGCGGCCGAGAGCCCCUCCACCUUCUGUCAGCUCCACGAGCGGUACGGCCGGGAGGUGGCCCGGCUGCGGCAGGACUGGCUGGAGAGGCAGCGUGGGACCCAGCUCUGAGAGGUGGCCCAGCUCCAGGGACCACAUCAGCCUGUCCCAUCAGGACCCAUGACGGAGAGGAGGAGAUUGUCCUAGGUGCCAUCUCGGUCCCCUCCUGACUCUGGGAUGUGCCAAGCUGUCCAUGGUGGUGAUGGACACCUGCUGAUGGUGCCACCAAGGCUGAGGGACACUGGUGCUGCGUGAUGACAAACUGCCAGCCUAGCACCGAUGGCUCAGUGUGCCACCAGCCAGACAUGAAAUGCCCAGGCUCUCGAGGCUGCCAGGCUGUCAGGCAUCUCGUGCAAGGCAGUGGGUGCUCCCUGUAGAGGUGAAUCCCUCUGGCCAUGCCUGUGUACGGGUGCAGGGCUGUCCACUCAGUGCAAACAAGGUACAAACCACAUGGUGGCUGAUAUCUGCCCGGAAUCAACCACUGCACUAGGUCUGGUGGGGCCCCAUGAUGCCCUUGCAGAGGGGUCAAGCACCAGCAAUGCUUUUGGAGGAGGAUUUGAAUGGGAUCUCACCUGCCUGAGCCCCUGUGCGGGUGUUUCAUAGCCAGGGAGCCUGCUACCACCUUCCUCUCCCAGUCCAGCACAAGAUACUGGCUGAGGUCAGCCAAGCUCCACCAGAUCCCUCUGCUCCAGCAGGAUGUGGUUUGAAAAUGAAAAUAUCAGCAAGCACAGCCCUUCCGUAACAGCAGCAGCACCGCGUACCCUGGGAAGCUGGUGACACCCGGGUGUUUGGUGCAGGGUGAUGGCUGCCUGCAGCCUGGGACCCUGCCAUGGGGACAGACCCUGAGGGGAUGUGGUGGCAGCCAGCACCAUCUUGCUGGGAGAGUAUUUCAGGGCAGGGCAUCAUCCCAAGGGGAAGCAUUGUUCGCAGGGGUGAACAGGAACGUAUGUGUCAGCGGUGGAGGGUGUCAAAUGAUUCAUGUGCGGGAGCAAAGCCAGUGUCUCGUGACACUGGUGCUUCUCUUUUAUUUCCUCAGUGACAAUAAAGCUGCUAAUCCGGAGAUGAGGUGACCCACCUCAGGGCUGGGGGAGCAGUUGGGGUGCCCCAGGUUUGGGUUGGGUGGCUCUGGCUCCCUUUGUGGACAGGGACAUGAGCUUGCUACAAUAAAAGUUGUUUCAGAAAUUC